AUGAUCUUCCCGCGCCUCCCGGGGCGGGCGACCCUCCUCAACGGCCUCCGACACUUCGCCACGACGCCUCUGCUGUGGGGGAAAGUGGUGCCCUUCAAACUCGCGGAUAUCGGGGAAGGCAUCAGCGAAGUUCAGGUCGUGGACGUCUUCGUGAAGGAAGGGGAUCGGAUCGAGGAGAUGGAUAACAUCUGUGAGGUUCAAAGCGACAAAGCCACGGUCCACAUCACCUCCCGCUACGCCGGCGUCGUGCAGAAAGUCUACGUCACCGCGCAGGAACCCGCGCAAGUCGGGCAAACCCUCGUCGAUAUCGCGUUGGAGGAGGAGGACGGGGAGGUUUCACCAGGGGGAGGCGAGGUUUCACCCGGGGAGGAGGUUUCCUCCCGCGUGGAAUCCCCGCCGUCGUCUCCAAAUGCAGGGGAGGUGUUGGCGACCCCCGCCACCCGCAGCCUCGCGCGGCAGCACCGCGUCGACCUCCGCGACGUCCGCCCCUCCGGCGAGGGCGGCUACAUCACCCAGGCCGACGUCCACCGCCACCUCCGCGCGCGGCCGCCGGCGGGGAACCCCGCAACCGACCCCCUCCCCCUUCGGGAGGAAAUUUCCACCCGCGAGGAGCCCCCUUCGCCCCCUCCUUUGCCCGAUGAGGUCGCGAUCGCGCCCGGGGAUCAGACGAUUCCGAUCGUCGGCGUGCGGCGCGGCAUGGCGCGCGCGAUGACCCGCGCCGCGAGCAUCCCGACCUUCAGCUUUUCCGAGGAAUUCGAGCUCAGCAGGCUGCUCGAGACGCGUGAGCGGCUGCGUGAGGUCCUUUCCCGGCGCUCCGGCGGCGCGAUUCGGCUGACGUUUUUGCCGUUUUUCCUCAAAUCCGCCUCCCUCGCGUUGCGGGCGUACCCCGAGGUGAACGCGCACUGCUCGGCGGACUGCACCGUCUUCGUGCGGAAAGCCGCGCACCACAUCGGGGUCGCGAUGGAUACCCCGAACGGCCUCAUCGUUCCCGUCGUGCGGGAUGUCCAGGCGAAGAGUCUCGCCGCCCUCGCGGAGGAGCUAGGCCGUUUGAUGGAGAAAGGCGCGCGGAAUCAACUCGCCGCGGCCGAUCUCGUCGACGGGACCUUCACGAUUAGCAACAUCGGCGCGAUCGGGGCGGUGCACGGGGCGCCGAUUUUGCUGCCCCCACAGGUCGCGAUCGCCACGCUUGGGCGGCUGCGGCCCCUUCCCCGUUUCGACGCCACGGGGGAAACCAUCCGACGGGAAAAUAUCCUCACCGUUUCCUUCAGCGCGGAUCAUCGCGUGAUCGACGGGGCCACGAUGGUGCGCUUCGCGAACGUCUGGAAGGAGUACGUGGAGUACCCGCAGCGGAUGGUGUUGGAUUUGCAAUAA